CUUGUCGAAAAAUACCCCACGAUGCCUGACAAGAAAGAAGCAGAGGUCACUCUUGAUUCGCUGCCAAGGCUCCUGGAAAAUGACUCCAAAGUAAAGCUUGCCGGUAUUGACGUCGAUGGCAUCCUGCGCGGCAAGUUAAUUUCCAAGAAGAAAUUCUUGGGCGUUGCGAAAGAAGGCUUUGGAUUCUGCUCUGUCAUAUUUGGCUGGGACAUGCACGAUCAGACAUAUUUCAAGGAGCUGAAGAUUAGCAAUGCCGAGAAUGGAUACCACGAUCUUAUCGCUAUUCCCGAUUUGACCAGCUUCAGGAGGAUACCGUGGGAGGACAAUGUGCCUUUCUUUCUGGUCAGCUUCUUCGAACCAGAUUCUGGCAAGCCAGUCUCGGCCUGUCCAAGAGGGCUCUUGAAGACUGCGUUGGAGAAGUUACAUGCAAAGGGAUUGGGCGCAAUGGCUGGAGCCGAGUACGAAUUCUUCCAAUUCAAAGUCCCAACAAGCGAUUCCAAUGGCCCCCUCGCAGAACGAAAUAACUCCUCGACUGCCACCUUCCUCCGAGACAAUCCGGUCAACUCACUUCCCUCCUUGACCGAAGGCAUGUUCGGAUACAGCUUAACUCGACCUGUCCAUAACAAGGACUACUAUUACGGAAUUUUUGAUGCUUGCGAGAAGUUCAAUUGUGGAAUAGAAGGUUGGCAUACGGAGAGUGGACCUGGAGUUUUCGAGGCUGCAUUAUCUUUUGGAGAAAUACAACAAAUGGCAGACAAAGCAGGACUUUUCAAAUAUGUUGUCAAAUCAGUUGCGACUCAAUACGGAAUCACUCCAUGCUUCAUGGCGAAACCAAGACAAGGACUACCCGGGAACAGUGGGCAUAUGCAUAUUUCAAUCGUUGACAAAGAUGGCAAGAAUCUCUUCUUCCGUGAAAAGAAAGACACGGAAGCUAAAUACGACGAUAUCGCGAAUUUGUCCGACAUGGGGCGACAUUUCUUAGCUGGUCUCCUUGAAGGACUUCCAGAUAUCAUGCCGCUGUUUGCACCUACAGUCAACUCGUAUAAACGCUUGGUGGAGAAUUUCUGGGCACCAGUAACUGUAUCCUGGGGUCUUGAGCAUCGAGCCGCAUCAAUCCGCUUAAUCGCACCUCCUACAUCCAAGCCAGGAGCGACGCGGUUCGAAGUCCGAGUUCCAGGAGCAGAUGCCAAUCCGUAUUUUGUUCUUUCCUCCAUCUUGGCAUUAGGCUGGAGAGGGGUUGAGAAGAAGCUUGAGAUCAAGCAACCUCCUCUUGGCAAGGGACAAGAUGUUGGUGGGAAGGCUGAUCCUGGAGUACGAUUGGCAAAGAGUCUAAAGGAGGCGACUGAGAGAUUCAUGAAACCUGAAAGUAUCGCUAGAGAAGUGUUUGGUGAUGAAUUCGUGGAGCAUUAUGGUGGAACGAGAGAACACGAGAUUCGAUUAUGGGACGAAGCUGUAACAGAUUGGGAGGUGCGAAGAUACAUUGAAGCGGUUUGA